AUGGUGCGUUCUCGCUACAGCAACAUCGGUGGAUCCAGAAUUCUCUCAAGCACAAGGACAGUUCAAGCAUUGCGCAUGGCUUCUCCAGCCCCAGGAUCCCGUCUCCACGCGUACAGAGUUCUGUAUCCACAGGCGGUUAAUGGCGCUUCGCAAGUUUCACGAUCAAGGGCGAGUCAAGAAACCCACCCGGGUGGCGAUGAUAUGCCCAGCUGCAGGUCAUGGGGUCGAAGCGGUCAUCGUGUCCACACCAAGAGGAACAACCUGAUGCAUCAGCAACCUGAUCCUCCAAGUGGCAAACCAGUUGUCGCAGGGGUUGGUCCUGCUAUCCGGGUGUCGGUUGACGUGAGGAGCAAACGUAUAGGGAACGUGAGUCAGUCAUCGCAACACAUGAGGCAUGUCCAUCCGCGCCCGGCUGUCGCUUCAGGGCAGACAAAGACGACUGCCGUGAGUAUCCAGCUUGGCAUUGCGGCGUCGUCCUGGGUCUCACGACGGCGGAAAAUACCGGUGGCCUGUGCAGGGGACGUGUGUGGCUGCGUGGGGGGAGCAUGUCGUUGUGACCCCCCAAGCACCUCCCUUGUCUCGCCCGCACGUGGCGGAGUCGCAAAGUUUAAGCGCCGGCCAGGGUCGGUGGGCCGCAUACAGAAAGUCCGUCGGAGAGUCGGGGAAGGCGAUGCGACAAGCACGAUAAUGUGGGGGAUGCCUGGAGAGGGGGGCUUUGAGAAACGCGCCUGUGAGAAGUCUGCAACACUCUUCUUUUCGGCAUGCGUCGGCGGGCUCAUGUCGCGAUGCCGUCACCACGGCACUUUUUGCCGGAUUGCCUGCGGUUACAUGAAGGGUACCGUGGACCGGAUGGGCAAAGAGAGACCGGAGGGGGCGGACGAGCCUGACCAGGCGACGAGCCGUUAUCGUCCGUGUCCCGUUUAG